AUGGCAAAUGAGCAGUUGUUUCCGCCGAAGUGCUGCUCGCAGGUGAUUCCGUCCAAGCAAGUCCUCUCGAAACUGACAGAGAAGGAGAAAGCACUUUUUAAGCUGAAAACGCGGGAGUAUGCGACACCGGCCAGGGAACGUCGGUAUUGUCCCGCGAUGAGAUGCGGGAAAUGGAUACCGCUUGAGAAGUUGAAAAGUCGAUCAACAACACAGCUCUGCCCGUAUUGUGGCACUGCCAUCUGCCCGGGGUGUCGGGACAAGGCUCAUGCACCUGGCAAAUGUUCCUUCGACCCUGGACUGACUGAAUUUCUCGAACUCGCGAGAACUCAAGGCUGGCAGAGAUGUUUUCGCUGUGGGGCAAUGGUUGAGCUUCAUGAGGGCUGCCAGCGUAUAGUUUGUAGAUGUAGUGCAGAUCUUUGCUAUACAUGUGGUGGACCAUGGAUUAUCUGCCAUCACAAUGCGUUAGGAAACGUAACCGCAAAAUGCCAAAACGGCGCGCCUCUUGGAGACGGAUUGGGAAUACAUGAUGCAGAUGAGCUUGCUGCCAUCGUGGCUGCCAUGGAAUUCGCGGAGAGAGAGCUGGAAGAAUAG